UGGCCCUUUUGACUUUCUAUUGGCCCUUUUGACUUUCCUUUGGCCCUUUUGACUUUUUCAAUUUGGCCCUUUUGUCCUUUGGCCCUUUUGACUACAACCCACACGGCAGGGACUCACCAAUAACACAAAACUGUUGGCAUUAUUAGAUCAGUCCAUCAUCUUGCCACAUCCCUGAUGUACACAUUGCUGUCCGGCCUGUACAAGUACUUGUUCCAGAAAGAUGAAUACUUUGUCCUCAUCCUGGGACUUGACAAUGCUGGAAAAACGACAUAUCUGGAGCAGACGAAGACCAAGUUCAACAGGAACUAUCAGGGAAUGAACCUGUCCAAGAUCACCAGCACAGUUGGUCUCAAUAUUGGAAAGAUUGACUUGGGCAAAGUGCGUCUCAACUUCUGGGAUCUUGGAGGUCAAGAGGAGCUUCAGUCCCUGUGGGACAAGUACUACGCUGAGUCCCAUGCAGUCAUCUACAUCGUGGACUCCUCAGACACCGAGAGGAUAGAGGAAUCCAAAGCAGCAUUUGAUAAGAUGAUCACGAACAACACCCUGGCUGGAGUGCCCCUGAUGUUGCUGGCCAACAAGCAGGACCUCGAUGGCUGUGUGAAGGUGUCCGACAUGAGGACCGUCUUUAGCCCCAGCCAGGAGCUGAUUGGUCACAGGGACCUGCAUGUGUCGGGAGUGUCUGCACUAAAAGGGGACGGUGUCAAUGAGGGAAUCCACUGGCUGGUGGAGAGCAUCAAGAAAAACAGUAUACAGAGACCCCCAACCCUGAAGGAGAUUACCUGACCCCCUCAUGACUGGAGGGGUGGGGCUAUCUUGUACAGAGGGGUGGGGCUAUCCUGUACAGAGGGGUGGGGCUAUCCUGUACAGAGGGGAUGGUAAUACAGUAGAGUUUGUCACACUGCAGCUCAACUGAGGGUAUCAAGCUUGUCUUCUGGUUCAUAGCUAGCACCAUUAAGAUGGUUUUAACACAAUGAAGAACUGGCCGUAUGUCUUCUCAUUACUGCUUCCAUAUCUUACUGACGUGCUACGUCCACAUCAUGUACAGCUGUACACCCCAUGGGGGAGCACACAUAGGCCUGGGUCUGUUGUCAGUAUGAGUAACAUGUUCAAGACCUUACUAGGACUUUUAGUUCUUCUGUCCCGUAGAAUAUUAUGUUGUCUGCUUUUUGCGGGAGAACUGUUACCUUUGUGUUUUUGAAAUGUGUCACUCUUACUAUCAGUAACAAGUUAUCCUGUUAUUCCAGGAUAAUCAUUAGAACUGUCACUGUAAGCAGAAACAUUAAUUAUGGCUGCAGCAUACAGUACCCUGACAUUAACAUACAGGGGGACAUGUGCCUGGCCUGGGGCUCAGUCCUCUCAUAACCCUGGGCUGCCACAUAGCUGCAGCACAGUACCCUGACAUUGACAGAAUGGGGGACAUGUGCCUGGUCUGGGGCUCAGUCCUCUCAUAACACUGGGCUGCCACAUAGCUGCAGCACAGUACACAGACGGACUUACAGUCAACAGACGAGGGUCUUUCAACAGCUCAUUCCUGGUGCUGCCAGCAUGGAACUGGAGAACACUCACUCAGCUGGUUCAUUACUAUAGUUGAUGUCAAUACAACAGUAGACGAACGUUUAAUCACAGAAAA